CACUUUCAUUUGUUAAUAUACUGUAAAGAUUUUAAACUGAUUACAAUAUUCUUGAAAGAAUAGUGGCCUUCGAUCUUCUUCAUCUUUUUCUCAAGAAAAAAUGGCAUUCCAAAAUUACCAGGCCAUGAACGCCAACAGUAGCUUGGUACUAAUCCUAUUUUUGGCGGUUCAGUACACCGCUUCAACAAAUAUUUUUCAUUUCGUUAUUGAAGGAACUUCUUUUGAAAGGCUUUGCCGAUCGAAGAAGAUUCUUACUGUCAACGGACGAUUCCCAGGGCCUACCAUAUAUGCGCUUGCUGGAGAAACGUUGUCCCUAGACGUUGAAAACAGAGGGAAGGACAACGUUACGAUGUUUUGUUGUAGGCGUGUUGGUAGACACGUGAAGUCUGAUCAAGUGGAGUGGCUAGUUGAGGCAGGAGCUACCGUCAGAAAAAAUAUAACAAUAUCUGACGACGACGAAGGGACGCUAUGGUGGCAUGCCAUGAACAUCUGGCAACGCGCCACUGUUCAUGGCGCUUUCAUUGUCCAUCCAGAACCCGAUGAUCAUGUCGAUAUUCCCAUCAUUUUAGGUGAAUGGUGGAGGAAGGAUGUCAAGGAGGUCUUCGUCGACUAUAUCGACUCAGGCAGGGACAUAAAAUCGGACGCUUUCACGAUUAAUGGACAACCUGGUGACUUGUACCCUUGUUCAAAGAAUGGAACUUUUAGGAUUGUAGUAGAUAUUGGGAAGAAAUAUCUUCUCAGAGUUGUGAACACUGCAAUCCGAGACGACCUUUACUUUGGGAUCGCAAGGCACAACUUAACUGUUAUCGCGAGGGAUGGACGUCCUAUAACAAAGCAAUUUAUAACGGACUACGUCGAAUUGACUAGUCAACACUCAAUGGAUUGCAUAUUCGAGGCGAACCAGCAACCAGAUUAUUAUUAUUAUGCGGUUGCUGUAAAGAAUAAAAGCGAGGCGUACGACCCGAAUAAAAUUACAACCGCUAUCAUAGAAUACCAAGGGAGUUACAUACCCUCCCUUGUACCUCUUCUUCCCAAAUUGCCCCGCAACUACGAUAAAAGUUCUAGUAGGGAUUAUUUAUAUGUAAUAAUGACUUUUGUAAUUUUGGGUUCAUUUGUUGUUUGGUAUAGGCAGACUAAUAGGGCUCACAGAAGCGCAACAGUCACUCCCAUGUAAAUUGUACCACUUACAGUAAACUUUUUUGAUAUUUGAAAAAAAUUACAAAUGGUUGAUUUAAUAGUGUUGAACAAGCGACGGAGGAAGUUGUUAAUCUACAGGAACAGAACAGAGAAUGGGCAUGAACAGGAACACACUCAACCACAGGAAAAGGGAAGUAAUUGGAACUGGAGUGCUAUAGUCAUAAUAUAGCAGGAGCCAAGGCAACAUGAUUUGGAGGCAAAUGGUGUAAAAAAAAAAAACAUCAUGGAACUGGAUUCACUUUUGAUAAUCAAAAUGCUCAAGGAAAAAAGGCUAGUGGCUCAGAUU